CCGCGCGUGUGAACCCGCCUUUACGGCCGGCGCUGAAUCGACGAACGUAUUGUUUACACUCAAAUUUAAUUCCCAAGUGCCACGGAUGUGACUAAGUGAUUGGAAAGUUGUUCAAAGUUAAAAAACAACUCAGUGAACAAAAUACGUGUUUUCAACUAAGUUUUGUUAACAAUUUUGCCGCAUUGUCGAAUUACAAGUUUUAUUCAACAUUCAAGAUUGUGCGUAAAGUAUGUCGCGGUUAAGUUGGCCGUGUUCUGUGCAGUGUAGUGUUGGGCACAGAAUGUGAACGCCAACAUGAUGUGGGCGGCGGAGCUGAGCUGUUUCUUCAUAUUGUUCGGUGUGUCUGCCGGCGGCGGAGGCUGGGAGCCCUUAGGGCAGCCGUACUUCGACAACAGCACGAAGAGAGAGGCCACCGCCGCCGUGGGCCAGCCCGCGUACCUACACUGCAAAGUGCGGAAUCUAGCUGAUAGAGCGGUAUCCUGGAUACGCAAGCGAGACCUGCACAUCCUAACAGUUGGGGUCCACACUUACAGCAGCGAUGCUCGAUUCGCGGCGCUUCAUGCGGACGGCUCAGACGAAUGGACGCUCAGAGUGGCCCCCGCUCAGCCACGAGACUCAGGCGCGUAUGAGUGCCAAGUCUCAACUGAACCGAAGAUUAGUUUGUCGUUUCGACUUACUGUUGUUGUGUCAAAGGCGGAGAUCCUGUCCGGGCCGGAGCUCUUCGUCCGGGCCGGCUCUGACAUCAACCUCACGUGCGUGGCCAAAUACGCACCGGACCCGCCCAGUUUCAUCUACUGGUACCGCGGGGAACAAGUGGUGAACUAUGCGCAGCGCGGCGGCAUCAGCGUGGAAACAGAGCAGCGCACUCGCACCAGUAGGCUGAUGAUCGCGCGCGCAGCCCCGCAUGACUCUGGCAACUACACAUGUGCCCCUAGCAGCUCUGAAUCUGCAUCAGUAAUAGUCCACGUGCUCAGUGGCGAGCGUCCGGCUGCCAUGCAGAGUUCAGGUUCGACGCCGCCUCGCAUCGACCGCACUAUCUUCAGUACCGUCUGCUUCAUCACCACAUUCCACCACCCAAGGAUCUGGAUGCUCCUCAUCAUACCACUCGUCACACCAUACUUCUCCACGGCUACUCUAUUGAUCACCAUUCUAUCUAUGAAAAUGAUCGCAGACUUUUUUAAGGCCGCAGAUUGCUCAACUCUUAGUCUAUCUUUGAGAUGACCAAUUUUCAACCAAAUAGAAUAAAAUAGAGUAAUCUCCCACUCGAUUUAAAGGAAAUGUACAGUUAUCAUUAAUAGGCUCUAAGCAUGUGAUUGUCAUAAAAUAAUAAAACAAUUCUAUUUCGGUUACGUUGAAAUGUAUGAAAUACAACGAGGUUAGAUUUAUCAGAUUUCUAUGAAAUUCAAGUGAAAAGUCGAAAAUCAUUAGAAUAUUGUCUGUUUACGAGUUGAGUAUGUGAUGAAACCUUUAUCGUAAGUUGUUAUCAGAAUCUCGUAAUGUUUUAAUAGGAUUAGCGAGCGUUUACGUUACAAACAGCCAUUGCGAGAUUAUCCUUGGCUGAAUUUCCUUUGUUUUUUCAGCUAACUACGCUCGUCUUAAUCCUAGCAGUGUCGCACUCUUGUACCCAUGGUGUCUCAUGCUUUCUAUUUGAAUAUCUAUCAAAGUCUAAAUGUAUUAAGGGGUUAAAUCUCGGUGAUUUGUAGCAGUUUUAAUAAAAAGGAAUAUUAUGGUUACCAUUGGUGUAUCUCUAAUUUUAUCUGACUACCGCGUCCGCCAUUUACCUAUUUGGUUGGAACUCUAGCUACCCAGGUUAGUUAAUUGUGGCUUUGGCAUGAGAAAUAUUUCUUUAAUUUUGCCUUUUACUUAAAAUACACCCUUUUAUUUUGAACUGUUCCAUUAAUUGUUAUAAUAAUAGGUACAUUGACAAAUUUAUUAUUAUUAGGCUGCAUAAAAUGAAACUGAUUUGCAUAAAUGAAGUCAUAGUAAAGCGUUUUUACUAUUUCAGACAAGAAAAUUAAUUUGUGGAACAUUUUCAUUACCUGCCUGCAUAUAUUAUAGGCAAACACGAAUGAUUAGAAAUUCAAUCACAAAAAUCGAGAAGAAUGAGUAUAACGGGUGCGGUACCUUUAAGGCAGAGAUUACGCGGAAUAAAUCGAUUCCCUUGUUCCAAUCUGGAAUAAACCAACACUGAAUCUAAGCUACCUUAUCUGUGUAAUGGUGUCUAAUCCCACAGUUGGUCUCUUUACCACGUUAUUUACUUUGAUCAAGUUGAACAAACAAGCGCAUAAUUCGAGAUCAAUUUCGCACUAAGACAGAGACGGCCCAAAUAUCGCGAUGUAUUUUUUUCCCGCGUGGUAAAAAUGCGUGAUGUCAUGACGGUUUCCUUUAUAUAAAAACGGGAGUAAAAUUCAGUUUUAAAUGUUUUAAUAAAGUUAAAAUUCUGUAUCUUAAUAUAUUAUAUACAAUAAUUAAUAGCGAAAGAAAGAGCUGCUUAAUAUAUAAUUUUUAAUUUAAAGUAUUUGUUGUUAUAGCGGCAACGGAAAUACAUAAUUGUGAAAAUUUCUUAAACUUUCCUUAUAAAUGAAACUCAAUCAUUUUUUUUUUAAUUCUAAGAAUUACAAAAUAUGCGUAAGUUCAAUACAAUUAUAUGAAUGGUUUCCUUAUUAUUAAUUUUCUUUCUAGGUCCAAAAAAGCAACAAAUAAAUUAGACAACUUGAUACUUAUGAGUUCACUCAAUUUAAUUAUCGUGAUGAAUGGGUAAAAAUGAAUUGUUUAUCAAACAAAUACCAUUUGUCUAAUAAACUACGUGGAAAUAAAUGUGAAAAACUAAUGAAAUAAGUACAUAUCGUGUUAGAAGGACGUUUUGUUAAUUUAAGUUUCUAAUAAAAUUUUUAACUCUUAAACCCACAUAAAGGGUUAACAAGGAGCCCAAGGCCAAAAAUUUGAUCAAUUCUGAAAAAAGUGUUUGUUCAAAUUAAUAACAAAAAUAUCUAUAUAGGAUUUCAAGAAAAUCUUAUAUUUAUUAAUCAUAAUUUUAUCAAAUAUGUAUGUGUGCUUCUAAAGAAAUGUGGAUAUGAAAGAGCGGAACCUUCACCAAUGCGAGGCAAACCCGCACUUUUUCUUAUAAUAACUGAAGGCGCUGGAUUCCCAUGUCUUCUUAUUUUUGUUACCUUCGAAGAUAAUUAAAUUAAAAAAGUUUAAAGUGGAAAACUUUAGAACGCACUUAACUAUGGUGAGUAACACCGGCCAACAAAGAUAAUAAAUUUUGUUUAGAAUAGGGUUUUUCUAAAUAACCUCUCCAUUCCUGCCCCCGAAGCGUGGCACGCGCGACGCCAUUUUAUUUUUAUUAUGAUGUUGGCGCGAUAAAAAUAGCGUCGCGCGUGCUAUGCGACGGGGGUUGGAUCGUAAGUUAGUCCCGGUUAUAUCCUCAUCUUCUGGAGACGAGCCCGCGGUGGACUGCAGUGUGAUAAAGUAAUAUUAUUGGAAAUACAAACAAUAAAAAAUUUGCUAGCAGUUCCAGAUAUUUUACCGUUAAACCAACAGGAUCCUUAACUUCAAAUACGCGUUCGAGUACACCUAUUAUUUAUAUAGCUUGAACUAACAUCAAUCGCGGCACUAAAUAAUACGAUAGCUAGAUAGAUAUCUCAGCAUGAUGUUUUUAUUCCUCACUCGUCCUUGUUUCUCGUACUUAUGUCGAAUGGACGAAGACAAACAAAUUUACGACUUUCUGAAUAAACGAACAAGACAAAAGGGUAAGACAUACGGUCAAUCGACCGUUUAUCAAAGUUCUUCUUUGUAAGUCGGCACUAUUUUAAUUUCUAGGGAACUUUCUAACGCUUCACUAGCUUGUCUUGGACAAGUAAAAAUGUAAAAUAAUGUUAUCUAAACUAUUUAGAUCAUAAUCGAUAUGUGUAUUUCAUAAAAGAAUAUUAAAUAUGUGAAAUCACAUUUUGGAAUUUUAAGCGAAUUAGAUGAUUGUAAAUAUAUGAAAUACUUGUGUAAAUAUUUGAUAAUGUAAAUAUAUAAUUUGUGUCAAUUUUACUUUUUGAUUAUUUGCGGCCUAAAUUUCAAUUUGUACAUAUUGAUUCUAUACCUUACUUAAGCCCUUGAUGCUCAUAUUGCAGUUUUCUUUAUUUAUGUGACUAUUUUAUAAUAUAUCGCUGUCUUUAACGAGUAGUUAA